AUGAAGAUUGCUCUGAUUCUGAUUGGUGCAGCUUGGAUGGUUUGUGCCACAGUGGAAGCUCAGGGUAAAGGAAAAGCCAGUAAGUCAGUGUAAUUCUUAGUUUAUACACAUCAUGUUGGAGUGAUUUUCAAUUGGUUGUUCAAAGUAAUUCUUUACUGCAUCAAUUUUUUUUUCAUUACUCUCUUCAAUUAGCCUAGAAAAUUCGCACCACCUUAAGCCAAUCGAACCUCAGUUUUGUGCUUCUUUUCGCUUUAAAGGGGGCACUGCACGUGUACUUUCAACUUAAGGGAGUUUUAGAUCCACCUUUUUUUCUGAAUACGUGUGACCGCAAACUUCUAAGAGUCGGUGCGGUGACGUUCGCCGUUUGCCGUCCACGUUUGAACUUUGGGCAAGGCAGUUUCAGGUAGUUGAACUCCCUCGACGUUUUUUCUCUUCUUGUUCGAAAGUUCUCAUGUACUUCCUAUAGAUAUAUAUGAAGUGAAGUCUUUUCUUUUCAACCAAUCCAUUUGGGACGCUAGAAAAUUAAUCUUUCAGCCACAUUUUGUGUUUGAAAUGAAGGACCCCCAUCCUUUAUGUAACUCAAGAUGGCGACGCACAUGAUGGUUCUUUUUUUCGGACGAAAGCCGACGUCGAGCUAAGAAGCUGAAAAUCUCGAGAUUUCUUGCUUCUAACCACUUGCUUCACACUUUGAAGAUGUUUUUUGUAACAAUGUCUUUGCAUAUAGAGAUUUUCAUGGGUGCGACAUAGCUAUCCUUAGUCUAACUGAACAAUUCAAGAAAGAAUUAGAUAAUCACAAAGUUAUUAGUCUGGUGUCUAUGGAUCUGUCAAAAGCAUUUGACACCCUUCUCCAUGAUCUCAUUGUUAAAAAGCUUGAAGAUUACGGUGGAAACUCAAAAGUUAUCAAUCUCGUAACGAAUUAUUUAAGCGACAGACAGCAACGUGUUAGAUUGACGGGACAACACUCUUCUAUGAAAACUAUAAUCAAGGGUGUCCCCCCAGGGAUCCAUUUUGGGUCCCAUUCUCUUUAAUAUUUUCAUGAAUGACGUGUCUUAUGCUAUGGAUGAAUGCACAGUAUUCACGUAUGCCGAUGACACUCAAUUGUUCAAGUCUGCGAAAAAUAUCGACCAACUUGCCAUAAGUGCUGAUCUGAAAAGGUUGAUGAGUGGUUUGAAUUCAAACAAAUGAAAAUAAAUCAUUCAAAAUAUCAAGCAAUUACUUUUGGAAGGGUCGAGAGAAAUCCUGUGUUGACCUGUGAAGGAACCGUUAUCCCUAUUCAAGAUAAAAUGGAACUCCCUGGCGUCACUAUCGAUAACAAGCUUAAGUUUGAGGGACAGAUUCGUAAACUCUGUUGUAAAGUAAGUCAACAGGUUGCUGUUCUCAAUCGUCUGAAGAAAAUAUUGCCUUUUGAACCAAGGAUAGAUACAUAUCGUGCUUUCAUUGCACCGCAUUUCAAUUACUGCUCAGAGUCGUGGCAUCACUGUGGUAGAAGAGGUUCCGGCAAACUUGAAAAAGUCAGUGAACGAGCCCUUCGCUUUGUGACCCGUGACAAGUCAACCACGUACGAGACGUUGCUAAAACAACUAAACUUGCUGUCUCCAUUUAAUCAAAGAAUUGUUGAAAUGGCCACCGGUGUCUACAAAGCUAUCCAUGGGUAUUAAGUCCCUACAGGAAUAAGAGCUAUUGCAUGAACGAUCAACUAAUUAUAAUCUUAGAGGAAAACACAUCCUCGAGCUACCCAAAGUAAAUACAAUCACCUAUGGUCUUACAUCGUGGCGUUAUACUGCAGCUAAGAUUUGGAACACUCUUCCGGAUCAGUUUCGUGCCGCUGAUAAAAUCGGAACAUUUAGGAACUUGAUGUCUAUGUUUGAUUUCUCAAAUUUUACAUUUUAAUCGUGAUUUACUCUUAGUUUUAAUAAUUUUUUAGUUGUAUAAAUAUAUUUUUAUAGAGGUUUUUAUGAGAAAUCUUCUCUUUCUUUUAAUAUAGAAAGUAUUUCAAGCAUCGAAAGGAAAUCUUGAAAUUUCACGUUACCUUGCCUCUGUAAAAUUCACGCCUCUCGCAUUAAUUUUGGGCCUAAUCAUGUGUGUCACGCAUAAACCAUUUGCUUCCCUCUUCGAGAAGUUUGUAUGUUUUUACUUUGAGAUUUAAGUAACCCUGGUAAAUGUCAACAGUUCGAUUGGUUAGCCGUUUAAUAAAGUGUUCCGUUCUUUUCAAGUGAUUCCCUUCACGAUGAGCAUAAAAACUGGUAUCUUCUCGUUAAAAAUCAUUCAACUUUCUCGCUUUUUCUUCAGUCCUUACUCAGCAAAACUUGUUUUGACUAUUUGUCAUAGUAAUAAAGAGGUUAUGUAAAACUUUUAUAUCUUUUUUUUUGCUUUCAAGGUGAUGGCGAAGGAAGUCACGACCUACGUAAGUUUUUCCUUGCAGACCCAAAUAUCUUCCCUCCAAAGUUAGAUUACCAAUCUUCUUGAUAUUUUUUAUUUUACCUCGUUAUAGUAUAGUGUGAGGAAAAGAGUAUUAUAUAACGACAUCUCCAUCAAUUACAAAACACAAUUUAUACAGAAACAAAAACACAGACUAAACUUCGUCUUUGCCCCAGAUCGUGAUGAUAAUUAACAUGUGAGAAGAUCGUAGCUUUAUGUCAGAAGAUUCGAACUCUUAAUAUGUUUUCUUCUAACAGACUCUGCUUGGUGCAUUUAGGCAGCCCCCUACCUAAUCUCAGGGGGCGACUAAUUGUUGAAUAAGGAGCCAGCCAUUUUUUUAUUAUUUGGCGGGGGAUUACAUGGUUUGUAGGCGGGGGGGGAGGGACGGAGGGGGAUCAUUCGUCUCCAAUAUAGUAUAGAAAAAUGACAGCCAAUUAACUGCCAACGAGGGAAAGGUUCAUGAGUAUAUUAAAGAGCGUUAUAAAGGGAUAAGGUAAGUUUUAUCAUAACAUAACCAAUAAUAACCGUUCCCUUCGUUUAUGUCUUUUAUUCCUUCAGCUUGUACGCCCGAAGAAGUUCAAAAAAUAGGCUGUGCGAAUGGGGGAACGUGUUUCGCCUUGGAACGUGGUCCUACGAAACUACGUUGUAAAUGUGCUGAUGGGUUUACAGGCCAAAGAUGCUUGCAUCGAAUAAUAGAGCGGGAUCUUCAGGGGACACAGGAGCCUUCCUUAGAGAUUAAAAAAAAUUCUUGA